AUGGCACUGCGCACCAUGGCCACCGUCACCGAGCACAACAACCACAACAAGAUGCCUUUUCUCCAAUGGAAGCAUUUUCCUGAUUUUCAGCACUUGUUGACCUUGACAGAACCCAAAGUAGCCGUGCCCAUGUUCCAAAAGCUCAUCACUUCCGCUCGCGAACAGUUUCUGGAAAUGGAAAAAAAGCUGGAGCCUACUUGGGACGGAUCGAUUGGCCAAUUGUCCCAGCUGGAAGACGAGAUCUCGCGCGCUUUUGGCAUCUUGUCGCAUUUGAAUGGCGUUCGCAACAGCCCCGAAAUCCGGUCUACCUUGGAACAAAUCCAGCCCGAGUUUAUCAAAUUGGGAUUGCUCAUGAAUCAGUCGGCUCCAAAGUACAAGGUGCUUGAACAACUCAAGAAUUCGGAUGAGUGGCAACGAUUGGACAAGGUGCAACAGCGAAUUGUCGAUCAAGCUUUGAGGGAAAUGAAGCAUGCCGGUAUUGGACUGGCCGAAGGCAGUGCCGAAAAACAACGAUUCAACGAGCUCUCCGAACGUUUGUCGCAACUUUCGUUAACUUUUGGAAACAACGUGUUGGAUGCUACGAAGGCUUUCAAAUACGUCGUUACUGACAAAUCGGAAUUGGAAGGCUGCUCGGAUGCUUUUCUCGAAUUACUCCAAAAGAAUGCGCAACAGCAAGGGUUGGAGUCCGGUUACUGCAUCACCUUGGAUUUCCCAAUCUACGGUCCCUUGAUGAUGAAUUGCAAGAACAGAGCGCUUCGUGAAAAGAUUUACAGAGCGAAUAUCACCAAGGCUUCGGAAAGCAAUGUGAACAACGAACCCAUCAUCAAUGAGAUCCUCCGUCUUCGACAGGAGAAAGCCAAGCUCCUUGGUUACGAGACCCAUGCCGACUUGUCUUUGGCAGUUAAAAUGGCUCAGACCGUGCCUGCGGCUGAAUCUCUGCUUGACAGUUUAUUUAAGGCUUCCCGCGAUCAUGCCCAGCAGGAAGUGGCGACGCUGACUGAAUUUGCAAAGACCAAGUUGAACCAUCCUACGCCCUUGGCCCCGUGGGAUACUGGCUUUGUGUCUGAACAGUAUCGCAAGGAACUUUUCAAAUACGACGAGGAAACCAUUUCCGAGUAUUUCGCUUUCCCCAAAGUGCUGCAAGGUCUCUUUGACGUGGCGAAUGAGGUGUUGGGUAUCCAAGUACGAGAAAUGUCUGGCAAGGAAUUGGUGGAAAACAAGAUCACGACCUGGCACGACGACGUCAAAGUAUUUGAAGUGUCUGAGAAAGGCCAAGUGAAGGCCUACUUUUAUGGCGACUUUUACUCGCGCCCGGCCGAGAAACGCAGUGGAGCCUGGAUGGAUAUUGUCAGCAGUCGAACCAAACACGCCAAUGGCGACUUGACUUUACCUGUUGCCUAUCUUAUUUGCAAUCAACCUGCACCUCGUUCCGCCGACACACCUUCGUUGAUGAAGUUUAGAGAUGUAGAGACCCUGUUCCAUGAAUUUGGACACUGUUUGCAGCACAUGAUGACCCGUGUGGAUUAUUCGCCCGCUUCCGGUGUCAAUGGCAUUGAAUGGGAUUUCGUCGAGGUUGCUUCUCAGUUUAUGGAAAACUUUUGCAGUGAGCCACAUUGGUUGAAGCGUUUGUCUGGUCACUACAAGACAGGAAAAGAGAUGCCUUCAGAUAUGGUGAAUGCCCUAGUGAAAAACCGUCAGUUCCUGAGCGGUCUUGCUACUUUGCGACAGCUUCACUUUGCCAAAGUCGAUCUAGCACUUCAUUCACGUUUCCAGGCCCCUGCUUCGGAAUCCGAUCCCAGCAUUUUUGACGUUGACGCCAAAAUCGCCAAGGAUACCGUGUUGAUCCCUCGUAUUCCAGAAGAUCGAUUCCUGUGCAGUUUCAGUCACAUCUUUGCCGGUGCUUACAGUGCAGGCUAUUACAGUUACAAAUGGUCAGAGACCUACUCAGCGGAUGCAUAUGCAGCAUUUGAGGAAGCUGCCAAGGAGGGCCCCGAAGCCGUGAAACAGAUUGGUCAACGGUACCGUGAUACCGUUUUAGCUCUGGGAGGUGGUACCGCCCCUCACGAAGUAUGGAGAGAUUUCCGCGGUAGAAAUGAAGUAGAUAUAGAAGCUCUCUUGCGUCACUGCGGCCUGAAGCAGUAA